CCUGAGGGAAACAUGGGCCUUUUGUCGAUUCUUCGAAGAAUGAAGCAGUCCCCAGAGCAGGAGGUGCGCUUGCUGCUGCUGGGGUUGGACAACGCUGGGAAGACCACUCUGCUAAAACAGCUAGCAGCUGAAGACAUCAGCCAUGUCACCCCCACACAAGGCUUUAAUAUAAAGAGCGUGCAGUCUGCAGGCUUCAAGUUAAAUGUUUGGGACAUUGGAGGGCAGCGUAAGAUCCGUCCGUACUGGAGGAAUUAUUUUGAAAACACAGAUGUUUUGAUCUAUGUGAUUGACAGCUCAGACAGGAAAAGAUUUGAGGAGACAAGCUUGGAACUUGCUGAGCUACUGGAGGAAGAAAAGCUCGCUGCCGUGCCACUGCUUAUCUUUGCCAACAAGCAGGACCUGAUGACAGCCAGUCCGCCGUCAGAGCUGGCAGAGAGUCUCCACCUGCACACAGUUAGAGAUCGCAUGUGGCAGGUGCAGGCCUGCUCAGCCCUUACCGUGGAGGGAGUGCAGGAAGGCAUGACAUGGGUUUGCAGAAAUAUAAAAGUUCGCAAGAAAUAA